ACGUUUUAGUUUAUUGUCAGUAACCAGCAAAGACAGUCGCACAUUUUAAACGCUCAAAAUAUUUAAUCGAACGCAACAAAAUGUCAACCGGAUGCUGUAAUAAGACCGUACCGUCCAAUAACGAAGACAUCAAAGAUGCUGUGCGUAAAGCAUACGCGGAUGUAGCCGUUAAAAAUUCGGCUGGUGAAGUAGCAGGAAAUCCUUUAAGUUGUUGCGGUGCUCCGAAAGAAACGGACGUCAACUACUCAAAAACGUUAGGCUAUUCCGAAGAAGAGAUCGGAAGCAUUUUAGAUGGUGCUAAUAUGGGACUGGGAUGUGGAAAUCCGACAGCAAUUGCGGCGCUUAAGUCAGGUGAAACGGUGGUAGAUUUGGGGAGUGGCGGCGGAUUCGAUUGCUUUCUGGCUGCGAGAAAGGUUGGAGCGUCUGGUAGAGUCAUCGGAGUAGAUAUGACACCCGAAAUGAUCAACAAAUCGAGAAAGAACGCGAUGAAAAACGGUCUCGAUAAGAUUGCAGAGUUUCGACUCGGCGAAAUCGAGUACCUACCUGUAGCUGAUGGAAUUGUCGACGUAAUCAUAUCGAAUUGUGUGCUAAAUCUUUCGACGAAUAAAAAUCAGGUGUAUCGAGAAUCAUUCCGAGCACUCAAAAGCGGUGGACGAUUGGCCAUUUCGGAUGUGGUAGCAACAACGGAAAUGCCAGAAGCGAUCCGAAAAGAUUUGGAACUGUACAACAAUUGUAUGGCUGGUGCAACACCAAUCAAAGAUUUGAAGGAAGGUCUAACCGCUGCGGGUUUCGUUGAUAUUCGAGUUAUAGUGAAUGAGCAGAGUCGUCAGUUCAUUGAGAAAUGGUCGUACGAUAAAGGAGCUGAAAACUAUGUCGCGUCUGCGAGCAUUGAGGCGAGAAAACCGUAGACAUGUGUUCUGAAUUUUGCGUAAAUAAAUUGUGAUUUGAAUAGCUGUA